CCCUUUCCAACAUGGUCGCGUUGACAUUUUCGCAGUAGGUCGUCAAAUUAUGUUGUAACUUCAAACAUUCAAUGAUUAAGAAGAAACAGGAUGUAUAACUGGGCAACGCUUUGCUUAUUUUGGGAAAAUGGAAGUGCCUAAAACAGCAACAAGGCUUCAUCUUACAAAAGAUGACAAACAUCUGAAGAACUUUGCUAUCUGGAAGACAUUAUUUAAACAGCUCGCCGAUGCUCAUCUUCAUUAUGGUAAAAGUUUAACUGAAGUGGCCAGUCAUGCUGACACAGCUUUUAGAAAUGAUCCAGAUAUCAAGUGCCAUGGUAUAAUGAUAGAUAUUGGUCAAGUUUUAAUCAAUGAAUUAAAAUCUCAGGCCCAGGUUGUAAAAGCUAAAUGGAGUGACUAUAAUGAAGAAAAUAAUCCAUACCUUAAACUCUCUCAGAUAGAUGGCAAGAGUAAUAAAGCUAUGUUGAAAGCUGUACAUGAAGCCUGUAAUGAACGUAAAGCUAUUGAACACAGAGUCAAACAUGCUCAAAAGAAAUUUUUUCGAGCUUUUGAAAAUACUCGGGCUUUAAUGGAGAAGAUGGAUAUGUUAGAAAAUGAACCGGUAGAUCAUAAAGAUAUAUUAACAGAAUUAACCAAUUUAAAAUCUAAAACUGAUGUUUAUUUAGCCAAAUAUAAAUCAACAUAUCAAUCUGAAUGUGAUUGUAGAGGAGAUUUUAUAGAGAAAAUGACAUCAAUAGAAGAUAGAUGGAUGUUGAAAGAAAGGGAGAAUUUGGAAACCUGGAUUGAUACAUGUCAAGAUUUAUGUCAUAGAUUAGAUGAGACUUCACCAAGAGCUUUCAAAACACCUUUAAAUGAUGAAUCACCUUAUCCUGGUGUGUUUAAAAAACUAACACAUGUAAGAAGAAUGGAAGAUAUCAGAACACCACCAAGUAGUCAAACUAGAUUAACCAGACACAAACCACCGAAAACUAAUGAUGAUUGUUUUAAUACCUUUAUAGUAAACCGAACAUGUAGUCGUACAAACAGUCCUAUUACUGCUAUAGGAGAUAAUCCUACCCCUGAAUCUAGUCCUGGUAAACAUGAACCAGAGCGUCGGGAAAGGCGACGUUCUAGAGCUAACCGAGUUAAACAUCAACCUGUAACAGAAGAUACUCUUGAUAAUCUAGAAGAAAAAGUGUGUCGUGCUAUAUAUGUUAAAGAACAGGGCCAUGAGUCUGAUAGUGAUGUUGAGAUCAUUGAAUUAGAAGGUGCUGAAUCAUAUAUUAGACCUAAACAUAUUCAAGAUGAAGUAGGGCAUCAUGAUCCACAUUAUAUAAGAUCAAGUAGUGAAGAGGAGUUAGAUCAGAUAACACCUAGACCUAUACCUAAAUAUAAUCUCUUACAUAAUUCAGAUAGAUCUUCACAACCCAGCACUGACUCUUCUGUAGCUUCCAUGGAAAAUGUCUAUGUAGCUGUUAUCAAAGAAUAUAUAAAAACAUCAAAGAAUGAAAUGGAUCUGAAAAUUGGGAUGCAUAUUAAACAGAAACAAUCUGCUGAUGAGUUUGGAAUGGCCUAUGGAUGGUAUAAGAGAAAUAAAGUGGGUGUCAAGAAAUAUGGUUAUUAUCCAGUAGAUCAUGUGGUUUUAUUACAAAAAUCAUCUUGGGUUAAAAUGAAGAUAUAAAGCAGAGCUCAUUGAAAUAACUGAACAAGAAACAGUACAACUUUUGGAAUUUGAAAAAUACAUAGAUGCUCCCAAAGAAAACUUAUGACAUAUUUAAUUAGAAAACUUCUAGGUAUUAGUUUUUGGAUUAAUCAAUACAACUCAUGGCGAAAUUGAGUUAGGUUAAAAAUAUCCUAGAGUUAAAGAUGUCAAGAAAUAUUAAAGGAUGUAUACUGGAAUAGAUGUGAUAAAGAAUUAAAUGCCGAUAUUUAUCUGUGAUAUAUUAUAGAAUACGUACUAUGUUAUUGUUAUUAUUGUCAUCUGUGCAAUAAAUAGUUACGGUAAAUC